GAGGCAUUUCACAAGUACUUUGUGAGUAGCAUAGCCAUGAAACGAGCGGAUUUUCAAUUUUUAAAGGCCAAACAGUGACAGUUUUUCAAAAACUUCAUUUUUGCCACAUUCAUGCCUUUCUCAACCCAAAACACCAUUUUCUCCAAAAUUUCAACCACAACUCAAGGGAUUUCGACUCUAAGACUCAUCUAAGAUGUCUCCUCAUAAGUCAACAGUGAAGAAAAUAGCAAAGCAUCCUCACUACUUCCCAGAUUCGUUUAGAAACGAUUAUGCUAACAUGGCAUACAUUGAUCAUUACAAGAACGCUUCGAUCGUCUUGGAAAGGAGGGUGGAUAUUGAGUCCUUAAAGGACACAUUCAUUCCAAAAGUGUUCAAGGAAAGAACAUGGAGCAAAUUGCUGAAUCCCAUGGGUGAUGUCUAUGAUUGCAUCAUAAGGGAGUUCUUUGCUAAUGCUUUUUUGGAAUGCGACCACAUCAACUGUUGGGUAAGAGGGAGAGAGUUCACAAUCUCAAGAGACUUAAUUCAAGAGCUGCUAGAGAUUCAACUGACGACUCCGGACACCUCUCUACACUAUGAUGAGAGGAAAGAGAAACUUGAGCCUCUUGUGCAAGUUCUUGGAGGUCAACUCAAGAAGAAGGCCUUGCACACAAUUGAGCUUUCUCCGGAGAUGCGAGCUUCGGCCUAUAUCAUGAUCUUCAACCUUUAUCCGAUGAAGAAUUUGACAACCUUGUCGGGGCCAAGGACCGUCUUCCUACAUGAUCUCUUUACUCACAAAGAGAUUGAUAUUUGUGGUCAAAUCUACCAUCUCUUCGUCAAGUGCAUUAAGAAGAGAAAGUCAAGGCUAACUCUACCAUUCCCAAGCCUUGUCAUGUCUCUAAUAUCAAGGGCAAGGGUGAAGAUUCCAAGUGGUCUUCCGGUCAUGCAAAGGGAAGAGCCUAUUAGUGAGCAAACUAUUAUCUGGAGUAAAGCUCACAUUCCUGGACCAAGCAUCGAUGUAUCUCAAAUUCCAAGAGAUGAAGCUGCAGAAAUUGAUCGUUUCACUUCAAUACCAGAGGAUACUCCAUAGCCUUCUUCUCAAGUACAAGCAAAAGCACCCGACCGCCUUGAUUUUUUACUUGGAAGGGUUGAAGAGUUGCAUGCCAUGUUGGCUUCACAUAUCAACUACUCCACGAGGUAGUUCACAUACCUUCAAGGCUAAAUCACUGCCCUUUCUUCUCAGAUUCAAGACAUGGUGGAGAAAUCAGAAUCGGAGUCCGACACAUUUUAGGACCAUUGGCCAUUCCAGUAAAAAAGGGGAAGUAGAUUAGCUUCAAGGGGAGUACAGCCUAAGGGGAAGUUGUAACACCAUAGGUUCAUUUUAGUGGCUUUUGUUUUAAUUUUAUAGUUUUUGCUAUUUACUGUGCUUUAUUUAAAGCUAUCAAGUACUUUAGUUUAAAACAUAGUUUUCUUUAGUACUUUAUGUAUCUUGGUUUUUAUAGCAGUUUCUUGAUGCUUAUAGUUGUCU